CGGCAGCUAGGGAAGUAGGGGAAAGGGUAGGGGCGCGGCCUCGUAGGGCGCCGCCCACACUCUUAAGGCUGGGCUAGAACGGGUGGCUGUGUGUCGCUGAGAGCCCAGCGGAAAAACUGAGCUUCGCCAUGUCGCUGCUACGAGGUGUGUUUAUCGUUGCUGCGAAGCGAACACCCUUUGGAGCUUAUGGGGGUCUUCUCAAGGACUUCACUGCCACUGACUUAACUGAGUUUGCCGCCAAGGCUGCCCUGGCUGCUGGCAAAGUCCCACCCGAAACCAUUGACAGUGUCAUCGUGGGCAAUGUCAUGCAGAGUUCUUCGGAUGCGGCGUACCUGGCAAGGCAUGUGGGUUUGCGAGUGGGAGUCCCCACAGAGAUUGGAGCCCUCACCAUCAACAGGCUCUGUGGCUCUGGUUUCCAGUCCAUUGUGAGUGGGUGUCAGGAAAUCUGUGUGAAAGACGCGGAGGUCGUCUUGUGUGGGGGGACAGAGAGCAUGAGCCAGUCCCCCUACUGCGUCAGGAAUGUGCGCUUUGGAACCAAACUUGGAUUCGAUCUUAAGCUGGAAGAUACUUUGUGGGAGGGAUUAACGGAUCAACACGUUAAGCUCGCCAUGGGGAUGACCGCAGAGAACCUUGCUGCAAAAUACAACAUAAAAAGAGAAGACUGUGACAAAUACGCCUUGCAGUCCCAGCAGAGAUGGAAAGCUGCUAAUGAUGCUGGCUUCUUUAAUGAGGAAAUGGCUCCCAUUGAGGUGAAGACCAAGAAAGGGAAGCAGACGAUGCAGGUGGAUGAGCACGCUCGGCCCCAAACGACCCUGGAGCAACUGCAGAAGCUCCCUCCGGUGUUCAAGAAAGAAGGGACCGUCACUGCAGGGAACGCAUCGGGCGUGUCGGAUGGAGCUGGGGCUGUUAUCAUAGCCAGCGAAGACGCUGUCAAAAAGCAUAACUUUACACCCCUGGCCAGAGUUGUGAGCUACUUUGUGUCUGGAUGUGAUCCCAGCAUCAUGGGCAUUGGUCCAGUCCCUGCUAUCAAUGGUGCCCUGAAGAAAGCUGGACUGACUCUUAAGGACAUGGAUUUGAUAGAUGUGAAUGAAGCUUUUGCUCCCCAGUUCUUGGCUGUUCAGAAGGGCUUGGAUCUUGACCCUAGUAAAACCAAUGUGAGUGGAGGCGCCAUUGCCCUGGGUCACCCAUUGGGAGGAUCUGGAUCCAGAAUCACUGCACACCUGGUCCACGAGUUAAGGCGCCGAGGAGGAAAAUACGCAGUGGGAUCAGCUUGCAUUGGAGGCGGCCAAGGCAUCGCCUUGAUCAUUCAGAACACAGCCUGAAGAGACCACAGGCACACUGCCCACCCUUAUCUGGCCAGGACACAGGACAUAGGUGGUCUUCGGGGCAGCACUACUGAGACAGUGACCGCAUUUGACCAAGCCUUGAUGAGGAAAAUGCAUUAGGUUCUGUCCACUUCAUACGUGCCUAACAUGAUGUGUUAGAAUAAAAAAAACCAUCAAAGGCCUUAAAAGAAAUGGUGCCCUUGUCAGUAGC